UCGGCUAUCCCUCGCACAUCGAUUCGCUGGAUUCUUUGUGGGAUCGACAAGAUUCUGCCUCAGCUCGGGCACAUGCACGCGUGCGUGUGCCUCUUAGAAAGAGUGGUGUGGGUGGAACUGGAUCAGUAAGUGAGCUGCAGCCUGCCGGUUCCACCGGCCCCGGCCAUUCCUCUUCCUUCAAACCCUCCUUCAUCGGUUGUGUAACGCUCUGUGGAAGCUACCUGGCCUGUCGCUCCACACAAAGCUUCAGGUCUUCUCGGCCACGGUCAUGCCCUCCCUUCUCUAUGCUUGCGAAACGUGGAUGCCCCUUAAAGGAACAUCUUAGAAAUAUUUAGGCUGGCCUGCCUACGAUCUAUCCUGGGUUUAACCAGGCUGGAUUGUAUGAGGAGCUCACAAAUAAUUGUAAAAUCUGGAAAAAGUCCCAUCGGUGAGCUCCUCCGGCAGGCAAGGCUGCGUUGGCUAGGUCAUGUUGCCCGCAUGCCCAGCCACCGCAUGCAUAAACAGCUUUUGUUCGGCCGGAUCGAGGGGGCUAAACGGGCGCGGCACGGGCUAGAGAAGAGAUAGAGUGAUGUGGUACAGGAGGACGUGGAGCUGAGUGGACUUGCCGAUGACUGGUACCAGCGGUGUCAAGAUCGGCCUCAGUGGAGGAGGCUCGUGAAGGAUGCUACUGGGCAGUUGGAGGCAGUUGCCCUCCAACAACAACGGAGGGCAGAGGAGCAAUGCUCACAACCGGGUGGCUAAAACACACCACGUUGGCAUAGUAGGGGGCCCAAGUGGUGCAUUUGCCAGUCAUCUCAGUCAGUCAACCAAUGACACCUGCUGGGUCUAUCCCUUGACCUUCCUGCCAGCGGGCGUUCGACACUUCACGUGGCCGCCGCGUUCAACGAGUCACUCUGCUGCGCGUAAGUUCUCUUCGCGGCUGCGGCGUCUCUCUUCCCGGCGCGCGCGGCUCAGAUGCUGCCGCCGAGUCACCUGGGCGUGUUCGGCCUGACGGGCGUGCGCUUCUGGCUGCUGGAGCUGCUCACGAGCCGGGGCGCGUGCGGCGCCGGCGCGCCCUGCAGCGCCCUCAACACGUUCCGCGCGCUCCAGUACGACGCCGCCAACUUCGGGCGGCGGGUGGCGCACGCCGGUGGGGCCUGCUCGGCCGGAGCUGUCCUCAACACGAGCGCCGUCGGCUUGAGUGGUCUCAUCGGCUUUGACAGGCAAGGAUUUCGUAGAAAUGGGACCUUGGUCGCGUCCGAGAUGCACCACGACGGCCUGCAGCAGGUGGGUACAUGGUCUCUGAGCGAGGACAAAGGCUCCCGGACAGAAAUGAAAUCAUCCAAGUUUUUCUUCCCACGAGAUACCCUCUACAUCCUCGCUCCAGAGGUGGCAGGCUUCGUGUCCUAUGGGCAGGCCAGCGUCUCCAAGGCGUCCGGGUUCCUGGUGGACCUACUGGAACUCAUCGCCGAGAAGCUGGAGUUUGAGUACCAGCUGAUUCCGUACGACCGCAAGCAGCUGAGCGACGUGGCGCUCAUCGCAGACAUCCGACGCAGACUCCUGCUGCACGAGGUGGACUUUGCCCUGUUCGGUUACCCGAUAACGAACCAGCCAGAGGACGAGCGGCUGGCGCUGUCGCCGCCCAUCCUCGAGAACGGCUACCACAUCAUCAUGAAGGGCAAGGAGGUGAACGAGCCGCGCAUCUUCCAGUUCCUGGAGCCGCUCAACACGCUGCUGUGGAUCUCCAUGCUGUCGGCGUGCGCAGGCAUCAGCGUGGUGCUCUUCGUGCUGUCGCUGCUGCACCCCGACGAGUGGUACCACCUGGCCAAGCGCAAGCUCGUGAGCCGCGAGCAGGGCCAGAGCUUCAACCUGGUCAACAGCUUCUGGUUCGUCUUCUCGGCCAUGGUGAAGCAGGGCAGCGACCCGCUGCCGCUCUCCAUGGCCGGCAAGAUCAUCGUGUACACGUGGUGGUGCUUCGUGCUGGUCGUGUGCUCCACCUACACCGCCAACCUCGCCGCGUUCCUGACGGCCGAGGGGCAGACGAGCAUCCGCUCGCUCAAGGACCUCACGAGGCAGAUGGACGCUCGCUACGGCACCUACAGCGGCUACCGCAUUGUGGGAUUCCUCAACAGCUCGGCGCGGGACCCCUACAUGACCGUGUGGCGCCACAUCCGUGACAACAGGACCAUGGUGGCGUCGCCCAAGAAGGGCCUCGAGCAGGCCGAGAAGGCGGGCUACAUCUUCAUCGGGGAGGCCUCGGCCGUCUUCACGGCCAAGAAGGACCAUUGCGACCUCAUCAUCUCGGACCGGCGCUUCUUCCGCCACCGCCUCGCGCUGCCGUUCCCGCCGGGCUCACGGCUCGCCGCCGAGGUGUCGCGCGCCGUCACGGAACUGGAGGACUCGGGCCAGCUGGCGGAGUUGGAGCGGCAGUGGUUUGCGCAGGAGGGCCAGGAGUGCGUGGGCCUCAGCAACGAGCACCAGAUCGAGAUGAAGGACUUCAAGGGCGUCUUCUACUUCCUCAUGAUGGGCAUCGCGGCGGGCUGCGGCGUCUGCUUCGUCGAGUGCCUUUGGUUCAAGCGGCGUGACGAGGAGGGGGGGGCGGCGGCGGGGGGGGCCGCGCUGCACCAGGACGGAGGCACCAUCACCAUCGACCAGCUGCAGUUCAAGUGACGCCGCCGAAGCGCAGCUCGGGUUGAAAGGUGAAAGGCAAAGGGGGCGCAGGCCCUGCGAUCGCCUGCUCGCGCCACUGCUGGCGAAAGGGCCUCCCCCCGCUAGACGGGGCUUUGGAGGCCCCCCCCCCCUGCACGGGGUGUUCUUGGCCUCCUCUUCCGCGCUCAGCGAGGACAUCUCUUGGAGGAAGCGGCAUUUUUCCCGCGCUUUAACCCCACCGCACGCGGACCUGCCGAUCGACUGACUGCCUGCGGCGGACCUAUUUGACGCCGCUAGGUGGACAGAGGCGUGGGGGGGGAGUGGUCAGGAUGGCGGUGGUGGAUCUAAGAAGCCCGCACCAUUCUUUCAACUGUCGCGCCGGGAGAUCCGGAGUGCUAACCAUGACACCACGGUAGCA